GGGAAGGAGCAGAGGUAAUGCACACCUUCCCCAGCUGACAUACUCUGGCUCUUCACACAGCACUAGACCAGUGAGACUGGGGAAGAUACAGAGUGCAAGCGAGAGUCACUUUUCAGAGCACUGACCACAGCGACCACAGCAAGACAGAUAAAGAAGAGAACAGUCUGAUAAAAGUAAGUCGUCAGAGAAAAUAGGAGACAGUGGCAGUGACAAGGGGAACCAAAACCAGUGAAAUACAGAAAAAGGUACAGGCAGCGAGUCAAGCAUGAAAGACAUAAGAUUGUGAUAAAGUGGACACUGAAGAGCAAGAUUAUCUGAGGGAACGUGGCAUCAAGAGAGAACUUUUGACUUGCACACUUGAACUCAACCGAAAGGCAUGUCUGUCAUUUUGGAGACAUUGGGAUUCUUUUUUGGGGUGAUAGGAUCGACCAUGUUGGGGAUGACCCUCUUCAAUGCCAACUGGCGGGUGUCAUCAGUCGAAGGCAAUGUCAUAACCACCUCCACAAUCUAUGAGAACCUCUGGAUGAGCUGCGCCUCUGACUCCACCGGAGUCUACAACUGCCGUGAAUUCCCAUCCUUGCUGGCACUCUCAGGAUAUCUCCAAGCCUCUCGGGCACUGAUGAUCUCCUCGUUGGUUUUUGGAUUUUUUUCAUGCCUGUUGGGGAUGAUUGGGUUGCAGUGCACUAAGGUUGCAGAAGACAAUCCUGUGCUGAAGGGCAAGCUGGCUACUGCAGCUGGAGCAAUCUCAAUUUUCGGAGGAGUCUGUGCUGGUAUUGCUGUUUCAUGGUAUGCUUUCAACAUCACAAAGGAUUUCUUCAACCCUCUAUACCCAGGAACAAAAUAUGAGAUCGGGCCUGCUCUUUACCUUGGUUGGUCAGGGGCUCUUUUGGAUAUAGUUGGGGGAUCUCUACUCUGCUGUUCCUACAAGACUCAGGUGUCCGCAGCCAAAAAUAAAUACACUUACAACUAUCAAGCACCAAAUACUGUGAUUUCUGCUAAAGCUGCACCUCAAGCUACUCUACCUCGAUACGAAUCCAGCAACAGUAUUUGUAAAUAUGGAAAGAACGCUUAUGUAUAGAACUUCGGAGGGUUGGAAGGGCUUCCCAUCACUGGCUUAUGUCCAGGCUUGGCCAAUGGGCAUAUUCCAUCCUUAUUAAAUCCUAUUAUGACAGUGCUUCCAGUGCCAUUCUAUAUAUUUGUAAAUAUUUUUGCACUAUUCUGAAAGAAAACAAAAACAUUCACAGUGAAUGGGAUUUCUAUGAACGAAAACCAUGGGAAGGUUCCCGGAGAAGUCCACGGCCUCAACGAGAAGGAACUGCUAAAAUAUCCAAAGAGCUUCGUGUUUGAGAUAUCUGGACAAUAUCAUGGCAUUGUUAUCUAACAAAAACAGUUUGUUCUUUUUGUUUGAAUGGCAAACUAUUGAUUUUCCUCGGCUUCUAUGACAGUUGAUGACUUCAGUGAGUAGUUUGGGACAAAAUGCUGUGAAACAUUAAGAAACGGGAAGGAAAAAUCUUACUCCAAUGUGAUUUGUUUUGCAAAAUGCUUCACAAUGAAAUGAUCACGGGGGCUCUUUGAAAUGAGAAGAAUGUCAUUAUUUUGUGAUUCUCAACAUUUUUUUUUAAUCUUGCUUAAUAAAAAGUGAAUACUAUGUCUAAGAAGAUAGACCAAUCUGUAUAUAUAUAUAUUUCAUUUCAGGAGAACAUUCCUUGUACCAAAUGUUCUUCUUCCACAGUAAUAAUUUAAUAAUUUCCUCUGAUUUAAAUAUAUUUGAGUACAUUUGGGUUUAGAUUAAGAAAUUAGAUAAUGAUGAACCUUCUGGGAAGCAAAAGAAUGUGGCAAAGGCUUCAAUGUGAAUUUAUCACU